AUGACUGAGCCCGAGAAUUUUGAUGAGGAUCUCUUCGCCGAUCUCUAUGCUGAUGACGAUCUGGCAUCAAAGGCUCCUCCGGCCCCCCAAGUCCCAGAAGUUCCCGCCGCUGCUCCAGCCCCCCUUCAAGAUGAUUAUGGCAAUACCGCGAACGGCUACGAAGGUGGAGGUGGCGGAGGUGGUGGGCAAGCGAACAAUGAGGUGGACGAUGAUGACGACGACGAUGUCGACUUCAACCUAGGCAAUGGCAGCACAUCAGUCGCGCCUCACGAUGACACACCGAGUUACUCAGCUCCUGCGCCAGCUCCUAUGACCAAAGGUCCAAACGCCAAAGAAGAUGGCAGUCACAUUUCUCUGAGAAUUGGGGAUUAUCUGUGGAAAUUGUUCCCCAAGUCAUCACCAGGCAUCGCCAGCGCCACGAGCAACAACCACCAAAUCAAUCAUCGACAAGCAAUGGACCUCGAAGUAUCUUCUUUCCAUGGUGAAGAUUUUAUUCCUCUCGUCUCUGAAGACGAUGAGCUAUUCAACGACGAAGAAUGCCAAGGUCUCGGGUUUCCCACAAUUUCAAGAGGAUUUGACGAGUCCUCUGAGAUCCAGUCAAGCCCUCAGAAAGCCAAGAUGUUUAUCGGAGGUCUGAAUUGGGAGACUACUGAUCAGUCCCUGCGGGAUUACUUUUCCCAAUUUGGCGAGGUCACAGAAUGCACUGUGAUGCGUGAUGGUGCUACCGGACGUUCGCGAGGCUUUGGCUUCCUCACAUUCAAGGAUCCCAAGACAGUGAACAUUGUUAUGGUCAAGGAGCAUUAUCUGGACGGAAAGAUUAUUGAUCCCAAACGUGCCAUCCCGCGCGACGAGCAGGAGAAGACAUCGAAGAUCUUUGUCGGCGGUGUCUCACAAGAAACUACGGACCAGGAGUUCAGGGACUACUUUGCUCAGUUUGGACGUGUAGUUGACGCCACCCUUAUGAUGGACAAGGACACCGGUCGGCCCAGAGGCUUCGGCUUUGUGACUUUCGAGUCCGAUGCCGGUGUCGACGCUUGCUUGAACGCUAGUCUUGAGAUUCAUGGCAAGCCGAUUGAGGUCAAGAAAGCACAGCCGCGUGGCAAUAUGCGAGAGGAAGAAGAGGCCAACCGCCGCGGCGGCAAGUUCCGCAAGGGAGGUAGCGGUGGGAUGGAAGACCAGGGAACGAUGGGCCAGCAGAUGGGCGCUGCAGGAGGCAUGACCCCGCAGAUGAUGGCCCAGUACUUCCAGCGGAUGCAGCAGUACAUGGCGAUGAUGCAACAGCAGCAGAUGGCCAUGAACCGCGGGAUGAACAUGGGCGCGAUGAACCCGGCGGCCAUGAUGCAGAUGAUGCAGAUGCAACAAAUGCAGCAGCAGAUGAUGCAACAGCAAGGACGCGGCGGAGACAGCCAGGGCAACAACCCCAUGGCGAACAUGGCCAACAUGACCAACAUGAACCCCCAGAUGAUGCAGCAGAUGCAGCAGAUGAUGGCGCAACAGCAGCAAGGCGGCCAGGACGGUGGUGCGCAAGGCGCCGGUAACCAGGGCGCCAGCAACCGCCCGGGCUACGAUGCUCAGGAGCAGCAGGUCUUUGAGCAACAGAAGUACGACCAGCAAGGACGCCGAGGUGCUCGGGACAACCAGCAGCAGCAGUACGGCCAGGGCGGGUACGGCAUGGGCGGAGCUGCUCCGACGUCCUGGGAGGGCAUGUACGACGACGUCCCGCAGCCCAACGCCAAUCAGGGCCGCGGUGGUUUCCGCAAUAGGGGCGGCGGCUUCCACCAGCAGCAGCAGAUGAACUCGCAGAACGCGCCUCCGGCAAACGCCCCGACCGGUCCCAAGAAUGCCGGUAGACCCGGCGCUAACUACCGGGGCGGAGGACGAGGCGGCAACCGCGGAUACCACCCCUACGCCAGGGGAUAA